ACCCAAAGUGCGUUCAAAUUGCUCAGUGUGUUAAAAUUGCCAACUAGUGUUCUCCCAUCUCCUAUCCCGUUAAAGAUGGCGCUUAGUGCAGCCUGGAGCUGCGCCCUGGCGUUAAUUGCGGCUCUGUGCGCCCUGCCCGGUAUCACCGAUGCGGAAUAUCCCGGCGUCAUUGAGCUGGUUGGCUACAGCAAUCGACGGGCGCGCACCCAGUUUAUGGAGAAUCCCUAUGUAUAUCCAAAUCCUACGCUAGCUCCACCCGCAUCAAAGACCCGUGCGGAUAUUGAAACCGUUAAGCGUAAUAUGAAGAAAUAUGAUAGAUUGCUGGAGCUGGACACGAAGAAUCUGCCGGAACAGCAAAAGGACAUGCUGGCCAGAAUUGUGGAGCGUGUGGCGCGACUGAAGGAAACCCUCGAUAUUGAGGAGCAGCACUUAAUACAACAAGAGGCGACCUCAGCGAGAAGUAGCAGUGCCUCGCAACUGCUCUCCACAGAGGAUUCGGAGCAGAGCACGCUGCCCAGCACGGGUUAUACUGAAACCGAAACGGACCCCACAUUGCUGUUGGACGAGACGACACUGUUGCAACUGCAGCACACAAUGAACGAGCAGGCGGCAUUGCAAGCGGAGGUCACAGCUCAGACGACGCUGAUGAAGGAGUUUCCGACGACAACCGAUCAGAGUGUGGAGGGAGAGACAAUAGCACCGGCAUUGACCACACUGGCCGACAAUCAGGAGGUGCAGUCCACCGUCGACGACGACAGCGACGAGGUUGACGAUGAACUGCAACAGCCGUCGACGACCAGCGGCGAUUCCCUAACGGAUGCCACCGAACCUGAUGAUCAAUUUGUUGCCGCACGUUCCAAUAAUAAUAUAGCCGCCAUAACUGCAGCCGAUUCAGAUGGGAGUACGAGCACCACAAUGAGCGCUGGCAAUCAACGCACCUUGAGCACCCUGGGCAAGCAUAAGCUGCGUGCCACAAAGCGUCCCUUUGGACACAAGGUCACGGCUGCCGUGAAACGAGGUCCUCAGCGUCCGAGCAGUGUUAGUGCAGCGGCUGCCAAUGCCGCGGCACAGUCCAAGCCACCCGGCACGGCAACAACCACAAAGCAAAAACUAGGCACUGGCAACAACAACAACUAUCAGCAACAGAAAUUGGGAGUCACCAAACAGCAGCAGAAGGUAACUGCUGCCAGUUCAUCGCAUCCUGCCACAAUGACAACGAUCAAUUCGGGUGCGCCAGGUUUGCCGCUGGAGCAGCUUUAUACGAGACCACAAGCCAAUAUAGCAAUGCCAGCAGCAUCCUCAGCAGCAGCAGCAGCGGCAGCUGCAGCCGCAGCAGUUGGGCCAGCAGCAACAUACAACAGCAAUAAUCAAGCCCAGGAUACCAUUUAUGAUGGACAUGUGAAUGCUUCGGCGCUUAUUGAUAGCCUGAACACCAACGCUCGCGAGGAGUACUAUCAACAGAAGCUCAACAAUAACAAGGAUAACAAGAAGACGGCGACAGCGAAACCAACAAAAUAUCAUUAUUAUCCGCACAAUCAACACAUCUAUCUGCUGCCCGAGUGCGCCAUACAGCAGGUCUGCAAUGCUGUCUACGUACGCCUUAACUACACCCAACCGCUCUGCGCCUGUCCAUCAAGAUAUCGUGAUCCCUGCUCGGCCAGCCUCAACGAGGAUGAUCAGCACACCACCAAAUUGGUCGGUGAUAAUAAGAAGAAGGCAAUUACGCUGGCCAAAACCUGCGAGGCAACCACGGAAAUGCGCGAAUGCCGCUCCCCCAAGGAUUGGUCCCUGCUGGCGCUACAAAACACACGCACCGGCAAAUCGCACUAUCUCGUCAUCUGCCGUUGCCCCGACCACUUUAAGAUGGAGGGACCCAUGGCCCAUGAUCAGCCGACGUAUGCGAGUGUGCCCGGCAUUCGGGUGUUUGGCAUGAUGUGCGUGAAACCCGGUUACUCGGUGCGCAAGCCCAGUUCGCAGCCACCGAAGCGUUAUCAGCUGCAGAAGCCCUUCUAUCGUCCGAUUGGCGGCAGCAGCAGCAACAGCAAUCUGGGCGGACAAAAGGACAGCUAUGGCAGACCCAUCUAUGGCGGCGGCAGUCAGGGGGGCAGUGGGGCUAUCAGCGCAAACUAUCAGCCACAGGAUCAGACGUUCCAGGGCGGCAGCAGCGGCAACACCUAUCAGUAUCUAAAUCGGCCGGAGAGCACACAUUCGCAUAGUACGCCCAAUUUCCGACCGGAUCAGUUUACGUUGAAUGGUUUUCCGGGCAGCAACUAUGGACGGAACAAUGAGCGACGUGGCGAGGCGCCGCCCAUUGAGGCAGCCGCCGAGGAGCGGGAACGGGAUCAGGGAGCAGCUGUCAGCAGCAGUACACAGGCCAGCGAUGAGGCGGAGGCACGCACCACGCUCCAAGCGGAUGCCAAUCUCAAUCUCAAUCUCAAUUCGGAGUCACCGGCGGCGGAGCUAACAACAUUACCGGAUUCGAGCCGUGCCAAACGAUCGCUGUAUACGCUGGAAGAUUUGGAGCCGGAGUUUCCGUGGGAUCGUGUGCUGGAAUUCAAGGAUACCAUUGUCUGGGACUAAUGACGCAAGCGGGCAACCUAAACUAGUAGUUAAAUUUUUCUAGCAACAAAAUUAUUUGUGUGGAUCGAGCCUCGAAUUCAUUUUUAUACAACUGCAAAAACCUACUGUGACUGAUGCAAAGGAUCGAAAUCGAUAUCGAUAUCGAUUCGGGAUGGGAACCGGUAUCGGCGACUACGUAAAAGGCGUAAUGCAACGUAACGUAGCAUAUCGUAGACGAGACGCAACGUAACGUAACGUAACGUAAGAGAACUUAACACUUAGACGCUAAGCACUUAGCACAUUAAGCAUUUUUGAAAUGGCAUUUCCGAUCAUCUCAUUUGAUCGUCCCCAAUUAAUUUUUAACAAAAUACUCGUAU